GUUUAUUGUUUUGUUUUGCAUCCCGAUAACUGAAUUAUAUAAAAUAUAUACUACCCAUAAACUAAGCAAAAUGCCAACAGAAAUUGAAAAUAUAAACCCCAAUGUCUAUGACAAGAUUAAGGAGCGUGUGACGACAGCCAAUGAAGAAGACGACAACGUUGCAGAUCCCUUCGACAAGCGCGAGAUUUUCGACCUCAUACGCAACAUCACUGAUCCGGAGCACCCGCUCACCCUGGAGGAGCUGCAUGUGGUGCAGGAGGGACUCAUCCGCAUCAGCAACAAGCAGAACUCCGUUUUCAUCAACUUCACACCCACCAUCCCGCACUGUUCCAUGGCCACGCUGAUCGGCCUGUCCAUACGCGUGAAGCUGCUGCGCUCCUUGCCGCCCCGCUUCAAGGUCACCGUAGAGAUCACCCCCGGGACCCAUGCCUCGGAGCAGGCGGUCAACAAGCAGCUGGCGGACAAGGAGCGUGUGGCCGCUGCUUUGGAGAACAAGCAUCUGGCCGAGGUAAUCAAUCAGUGCAUCUCGGCCAGGGGCUGAAUAAGCAACUACCCCUACCGCCUAACCAGUACAUCCUCCCUCUACCCUACACUGUAGCUGUCCCAUGUUUUUUUAGGUAAUACAAAUUAUAUUUUAGCAGCAAAACUUUCUGGGGUCAUGAACUAUGGGCUAAAA